AUGGACCUAGAUUCAGCGCCUGCUAGUGUCGAGACGGAUGCCUCUGACGAUAACGAUGAUUGCCCCGUCGUCGCUGCUGUGCCGGAUUUUUCAGCGCAGGAGACGGAAAUCAACGCCGUGCGCGAUAUGCUGGGCCGCUAUACGUAUCUUACCCUGCUAGAUUUCCGGACGACACCGCUUAACGAGUUUGACCGGAGCCAGGCGCUAGCGUUCCCGACGCUAUUUCCUAUCGGUGCUACAGAGUAUACGCUGCCGCGGAUGAGGUUUGUCACGUAUAAGCACUAUGCACGGCAUCUAAUGAAGCACGAAUCUGGCCGCUUUGCUAGGCAUCCCCGGUUUCGCUACGUCGUCUUUAACACAAUUAUGCGGCACCGGGCUUCGAAAAGCUCCGGAUUCUACGUCCGCCGCUUUGCGGAUCGGCCGGAGAUCUCUCUAAAUCAAUGA